AUGAUGGUUAUGAUGUCACCCAAAAAUGGUCCUUCUCAUAUCUCCACAGCUCAUCUAGCUCAUCAAAGCCUUUUCAGCCUCAACUGCCUUCACCUUUUUCCCCUCUUCCCUGAUUUCACACUGGCUGCACUCAUUCUUUCUGUAUCCCUAGUGUCCUGCCUUCUGAAGCAUUUUUAUACCUUGGACUUGUUGUGCACAGUGAUGCGAGGGGAAUUCUCAACUUAGUUUUGUCAUAUAAUGAAUCAGAGACACAAAUUAAGAAUCCACAAGGGAUACAUAUUUCAAGUGAAUGAUCCAUAUCUAAAGAUCUUCAGCAAGAAAUAAGUGGUUUAUGCAAAAUCCUUUCCAAAGGAAACAUAG